CUGCCAAGCACCUGGGGAGUCAGCCUGGGGCAAGAAGCCCUGCCAGCUGUGGUGGGCUGGGGUCAGGACCCAUCCGGCUUGCCUGGCACUUGGCAGGCCCCCGCCCCAAAGUGUGUGUAAAAGGGAUGCUAUCAGGGUGCCUGGGAGGUCAGUGAGUAGUGCAGGCAAGGGCACUGCUCUUUCUGGGUUUCCCCUCCCAGUGGCAGCCUCCCUUCCCUUUUUGUCAAAUCGAAGAUGGAUCAGUAGAUCAACAGCUCUAUAGAAACCUCAGGACAUUACAGCAGGGUUGCACAGAAACCUCAGGACGUUACAGCAGGGUUGCACUGGGGCUCGUGGUACGCUUAGCGCUUGUAGGAAUAGCACUGCCUGGUAGUAAGCACAACUUCUCAGACACGUUACUAAAACAUGGGCAUUCUUGGUUUCCUCUGGUGCUGACUUUAAUUAAAAGUUGACCUGAUCUGAAAUAUAAAUGAAUAAACUCCCCCGUGCUGAGAAAUGCUUGGCCCAAUUAAUUAUUCCGUGUGCUGGAGAAAUGGUUUUAUUGUUAAUUGAAGACUCCUGGUUUGAUUGAAUUAUAUGGAAUUAAGUGUCUUGAAUGAAGGCAGCAGCAGGAGCGGAGGAGACGGGCGGUCGGGGAGCACAGCUCCAAAUUCUGUGAGCAGCGGGGGGCUCAGUAUCACCUGCAGUCAGCCUGUUUCACUGGGCUGAACGGCUGGAUGUUGAGAAAUGGUAAAUAAUGCCAGGAGUUUAGCUGGAAAUCACAGGGCCUUUCUGACUCGGGGAAAAAAGUAACUGCCAGCUUUCUGAGAUUAUAGGAUUAAACUGUAUCAGUACUUUAAAUGUGACUCAUGAGCAGGGGCUUUCUGAAGAGAAUUACAUAAAUUUCCCAAGGUCUUUCUGAAUAACAAAUUGUUCCGAAUAAUUUCCUCAUAUUUAACAACCGAGGGUGAAAUCCUGGCCCCGCUGAGGUCAACAGCAAAGCUCCUUUUGAUUUCGGUGGUUUCAGCAUUUCACCCCUGGGAUGUGGGAAAUCGUUGGCUCUUCUGUGGUCAUUGAGACUCAAAGUGAGGAAACCUCUGCAGCUGGACAAGUGAUUUUCUGUCCUCUGGCAGUUCACUGCCCUUGGAUUUUUGUGUUUACCUCGCUUAGUGAGGAGCUGGGUUCUACUCUAAUUUGCACCGAUGUGGAUUUACAGUAUAUUUUUAGAUAUCUCUGAGCGAAAUCUAUCUUCUUGUCAAGGCACGUGACCCCAACCAUUUCUUGCCAUGUCAUAGUAGUAGCAAAUAGGGAACUGCACAAUUUGGGGUUGUCCAUGUGGAAAUUUAACUUUACCCACACUCCUAUCCCAAGGCAACUGUUUGCUUACCUGCACUACAUUAAUUGCAAUGACUUGGCUAUAAUUCCUACAACUCUAAACAAGAAUAGAUUAUGUGUCAUGUAGUUUCCAAAGGAAUCCAAGAAAACAAAAAUCUCAAAAACCUCCACGAUGAGGAAAGCAGGAAAAGUAAUAGAUCAAAAUCCAAUGAACAAAAGUUGCUUUAUGAUUAGGGGAGGUAAUACAAUCUAUUUUCCUGCACCUCUUGUCCUGUGGGCCAGCCACACAAAAUGCUCAGCUUUCUUCCAGACCUCUUCUCUCGCCUCUGCUGAGGGAUGGAUGGUUUGUGCUGGGUUGCCCAUGGUGUUUGGGUGACUGACUGCUGAGUUUUGUGCAUUUCUCCCUCAGUGGGAUUAGCAGUUUUCACCAAGCACGUAGGGCGUGUCUCUGCCUCUUCCAAAAUUGGCUAAAAAACUGAGGAUGGCUAAAAAGGGGAAAGCAAAAACCACUGUCAGAUUGGUUUAUUUCUGUGGGCAAACUGCUAGAAAUGAUGUUCCUCCAUGGGUGCCCCAUUAACCAGUCUCAGCCAAAGUCUCUUUGGUUACAUAGCUUUAUAUCAGCAGGAGAUCUGACCAUAAACACUGAAGAAUUAAAAACUUGUUGAGGGCACGUGAGGACAGUUUCAGAUUUUGUGAGUGUAAAGGGAGGAAACAACCGGCGUUGCAUUUUUCAUUACUCCUUCCCUCUGUCUCAGUUUGUGCCUCAAAGCUGUGUGGAUGUGUAGAUUUCCACCUUUCUUACAGCUCUGAUUGUGAACUGCUUCUCAGGAGUAUAUAACAAGACAUAUUUUUCUGUCUGUAAAACUGAACCUGGUGAGCACUUUGUAGCUGAUUCAGCAAACUUCAGCUUCUUCAAAACUCUCUAAUCUUUACUGAAGUGUAGCUGAGAUGAAGGUGGGCUCCGUCCAUUUCAAGCUGUGAUUUUGUGGUGGGGUAGCUAUGAAGAUACAGAUAAUUCAGUGUUUUAAAUAAUAAUAAUAUUUCUUUGGUUGCUGUUUUUGGUUAUUGUUUUAAAAUGCUGCCUUGAAUUGAGCCUGGUGUGAAAGCUUUUACUAGUGAUAAAAUUCUGAACUGUUUCUCAUGAGAGACUGAGGUACGCAGGGAAUGUGGGCUGAGCAAUGCAAGAAAUAUAUUACUUCACAGUAUGAAAUAUACCUCUAGGAGAUAUUACUUGCCUCUUUACAGCUGUUGAAAGGCUAUUCCUGUCUCUUUUUGCUUUUCAGCAAAAUGAUGGUCCAACACACCGGCCAGGUGUCUGCAUUAGAAGUCAGUGCCUCCGCAAUUGUUCCCACCUUGUCUCCUGCAGGGUCACUGGGGUUUGAUGAUUUCACAAAUUUAACCCCACUGGUGAAAGAGGAACUUAGAUUCGCCAUCCAAAACAAACGUCAGUCCCACAGGAUGUCUUCUGCUUUGGAUACGGUGACAGUGUCCGAAAGGCCGAUGGAAACAUCAAUCAUGAAAACAGAGUUUUCUCCUGAAGAGGAUGAAAGAAAAAAGCGAAGAAGGGAAAGGAACAAAAUUGCUGCUGCAAAGUGCCGAAACAAGAAGAAGGAAAAAACAGAAUGUUUGCAGAAAGAAUCAGAAAAGCUGGAAACUAUCAAUGCGGAAUUAAAAGCCCAGAUUGAAGAGCUAAAAAAUGAGAAGCAGCAUUUGAUAUACAUGCUAAAUCUUCACAGGCCCACCUGUAUAGUUCGGGCACAAAAUGGAAGGACACCUGAAGAUGAAAGGAAUCUUUUUAUUCAACAGAUCAAAGAAGGAACGUUACAAGGUUAAGUGAUAUGGCAAAUGUGGAAAUAUUUAUAGUAUGUUUUAACAACUAUAAGCAACAGAAUCCACAGAGGAUCUGACUUAUGUGUAGGAUUCUAUUAGUAAAGAGCGCUUAGGAAGGGCAGAUUGCUUUCUUAAGCAGGAAGAAUCAUUUUUGGCUUGUCAGAGAUUCUUCCCCUUGGAAGAUCUGGUCUCGGUCAAACUGAAGAGCCUUCUGCCUCAUAAUAGGUUUUGCACCUGUCAUACAUGCUGUUCCUAGGAGCUACAGACAACAGCUUCAGAAGAUUAGCUCUCUGCUAGUAUACAGUAUCUGCACUCACGACGUUUGUGCUAGAACACUAUGACUUCGAUGAUGCACAUGGUACAUACAGCUGUGCUGGAUGGACACUACUUUUCCUUGUGGCUGUCAGGGAAAGCAGACAGAGUAUUUUUAAAGUUUUGUAGUUUCCAGGAGGAUGGUUUCUGGCAGAAUGUACUGAUAUGUAAUUUUGCAUUCUAACCUAACACACACACACAAACACACAAAAAGCCUUUAGUUUCAGUUAAGCUUUGUAACUUUUUUUCACAACACUUGUGUGGUUUUUUUCCUAUGACUCAUCUCAGAAACUGAAUGUGACAAGUCCUAGUAGGUGUGACAAAGAAAGGUUUCUUGCAAAAUAUCCAUGUAGCUAAGAUGAUAUUUUAGGAGCUGGAACCCCACCUGUUAUCCUUUGGGAAGUACAGUGUUUCCUUGCAUUCAGGAGAGAAUUUUGUACCAUCACUUGGCAACUGUGUGAAUUGGACCCACUGGAAAGACGGAAGUAGUGAUGAAGGGACUUUGAUAUGGUUUUGCCCAAGCAAAGAACUGCAGGACUGAAUCCCAGGUUCAUGAAUCAUGAAAAGUUUUUAAAAAAGCAAAAUCAUCUGGGAUCUAAUCUUACAAGCCUUAGCCCUCACUGACAGAAGAGGUUCCAUGGCCUGUAGUGAUCUGGUUAUACAGAUGGCUGUCAGGAGUAAGACGUAGACAAAGCUUUUUCCGUCCUUGUCAGGAUUGCUUCUUUUUGCCAGAUGAUUCAGAGGGAAAAAUUAUGAUUGCAGCUACUUUUAUUUUAUGUUUGAGUGGUAACUACAGUCAAUCAAAAGCGUUACUUAGAAUCUAAAGGAGACAAGAGUUCUGAUGUAGUGAAUAAUUGUUCUCGUUUUUUAUUAAAUACUAACCUUAGAUGUUUCUGAACUGGUAGAAGAGCUGCUGGACAAUACAGUUGGAGCUACGAGUGUUUAAAUUCUGAUGUUUCUGUGAAAUUCUCAGAUUGUUUAAUCCAACAAAAUAUAUCCUUACAAUUUUUUUGUAAAAGAAAAUAUCCUUAUUUAUCACUAAUAUCAUAAUGAGUAAAGUUAAUAAAUACUGCAAGCAAGAUAAAACUGAAAACACAAGUGUUGUGCUGUCUUUUUACUUUCAUCUCUUGGUGUUUAAUAUUAUAUAUUCCUAAACUUCACGAGUUGCAGGAGACACCACUUAACCUUCAUCAUCUCCACAGAUGAGGCAUUUGAGUAUCUUGAAUGAUUGGGUGCAGAGAAUAUACCUCUCGAAAUUCUAUAUCUUGAUCAAUGGUGUCUAGCUGCUCAACAUCACAAUUUAAAUGGAGCUUACAGUACAUAAUAUUUUACACCAGUUGUGCAGUGUUGAAUUUGUGGUUUUAUUCUAAAGGCUAAACUGAAAGAUACCUCAGCCAUAAGCUUCUUCCUCUACAAGUCCUGGCUGAACGUAUCGGGUAUCACUCCUGAUCCUUAUAUGAUCUUUAUAUUCUGCAACAGAACUUAGUACAUUUUUCUAAGAUCUGGAUAUAUUGUAAUGUCCUAUAUCAUGUUUAAAUGCUAUGUACUUCAUGUAUCUGAAAAAUGAAUGUAUUAAAAAGACAACACACUA